CUCUUAUACUCUAUAUCUUAUUCUACAUUAGCAAAAAUCAAAAAGAUUUAGCCUUUAAGUGUCUUAAUCCAAAUUAUACAAAACAACAAACUGAGAGUUUAUUUGGUUCUGAUUUUAAUAGGGUUCUUAAGGCUGAAG